AUGGCGUUCAUGAAACUUGUGACCAUGGACUCAUGGCAGUCCGAACUUGGCGUCGAGUCGCCUAUCGUUUGCUUCCUCACCAAGGAUCCUGAGCAUGCCGAAUGCCUGAUGGACCUACACCGAAUCAAGUUUGGGGUCAUUUCCACUCGCCCCUAUCGCACCUUAAAGAUCGAAGCCGACAGUCACGACAGCCUGCCUCGUGACUCCGAAUAUCUGCGCUCUCUGAAAGAGCUUGUCGAAGAAGGCCGCGAGCAAGGUUGUGAGGUUAUCCUGGUCACGUCCUCGCGCGGUCUCCAAUGCCACCCGGCCACGUUCGGUGAGAUAUUUUCUCGCCGUGACUAUGAGCCUAGCCACAGUGUCAGAAUCACUGUGGUUGAUGACCGCGCGGGCAAGUUCUACCACGUAGACGGCCAGAAGGCUUAUCAAUGGAUAAGCCAGCGUGGCCUCGUUGGUAACUCCGCCGAGCCACGGACCUUCUUCGGCUUCAUCAAGUCAAUAGGAGGCGCGAAAGAAGAGGACGAGGAGGAUUGA